AUGGAGGGUACUCGUAGUGGACGAGAUCGUGGGUGCGGACGUAAGCAACCCUCGAAUGAAAGGGGUAACCGAGAACCAAUACCUAAACCAAAUCCUGAACCUAGGGUUGACCCAAAUGCUCAAGUAGCCGCUGCUAUCCAACGCAUGACUGAUCUGCUAGCCCAAGUAGUGGAACACCAGGGCCAGAACCCUAAUCCUCAGCCUGGAAAUCCUGGUAACCAUAUAGAGGAGAUGGCAUACAAGAUAGAGUUUCUUAUUGACUCCUCGCUGGUUGGGGACAUUCCGCAUUCUUCUUCAAUGUCACUUGAUUCCAUUCUAGAACAAAUUGAAAUCAUCAAAGCUGAGGCCAUGAAGAUUAUUGAUACCGAAAGGCAUGAUGUCAAAGGUAAGGAUGUUACCCAGAGGGUCAAUGACAUGCCAUCACGGAUCAAUGACGUGGUGGUUGGAUUGGAGGACGAGGCAAAAUCAAUAAUCGAGCGACUAACAAGAGGUUCAAGCCAAGUGCAAAUUAUUCACAUUGUGGGUAUGGCGGGACUUGGUAAGACAACUUUAGCUAAAAAAGUUUACUGUCAUCCGUCAGUUACCUCCCAUUUUCAUGCACGUGCUUGGUGUACUAUUUCUCAAGUUUAUCACCAGAAAAGACUGCUGCUUGAAAUUUUGACUUGUAUUGAACCCGAGCAUUCUGAUGAAUUUCUUGAGAAGUGCGAAACAGAUCUAGUUCUAAUACUCAAGCAAAAAUUGGGUAAGAAGAGAUAUCUAAUUGUUUUGGAUGAUGUAUGGGAUAUUGAAGCAUGGAAUGCAUUAAAAGACUCGUUCCCUGAAAAUAAAGAUGGAAAUGCAGUUAUCAUAACAAGUCGAAUUCGUGGUGUUGCUCCACAAGAUAAAUCCGUCAAAGAGCUUCCUCUUCGUCAACUCACUCAUGAUGAGAGCUGGCGUUUGCUAAAACAAAAGUUAUGUCCUCGAAAUUACUUGCUGCUUCCAAAAUUAUGUGAGCUUCGAAUGCAAAUUGGGGAAAAAUGUCAAGGGCUUCCUCUUACGAUUGUCAUUCUUGCUGGAAUUCUGUCAAAUAUUGGUCAAGAUGGUUGGGAAGAUGUUGUAGAGAGCUUAAGUGCACACACUGUUUCUACCACUGAUCAAUGCACUGCUACAUUAGAGCUGAGUUACGAUCAUCUACCAGAUAGAUUAAAACCGUGCUUUCUUUAUUUGGGAGCGUUUCCAGAAGACCAGGAAUACACACCCAAGAGUUUGAUUCAGUUAUGGGUCGCUGAAGGAUUUGUGCGAAAAUCUCAGAUCAAGAGCUCAGAGGAUGUGGCAAAUGAUUACAUGAUGGAUCUCACUGGCAGAAGUUUGAUCAUGGUGUCCAAAACAAGCUCCAUUGGAGGGGUCAAAGCUUGUCGUGUCCACGAUCUGUUACAUGAGUUUUGCUUAACAAAAGCCAAAGGAGACAAUUUUUUCCAACUUGUACGUCGGUAUAAUGAACUGUAUACUCUACACAUACCACACUACCUACGCCGCUUGUGCAUUUACUCUGAGCCAGAGCACAUUCGUGAGUCAAGGCUUUUUUCUCCCACCAUACGUAGUCUAUUGUUCUUUGCUCAUGGUAAAACGAACCAAGAAAAGUCAUUUCAUGAAAAAAAGUGGUUUGAUCAUUCAUUCAUUUUUCAUGCCUUCAAGCUUGUUAGAGUAUUGGAUUUAAGCCAAAUUCAUUUAGGAUUUACUUUUCCCAGAGAAAUAGAGUUGCUUGUUCUGUUGAGGUACUUGGCGGUUAUGGUUGAUAUGCUUUCUAUCCCGUCAUCCAUAGCCAAUCUUCUGAAUUGGGAAACUUUCAUUGUGAGAUCGGGAAUGUCAAUUUCACUGCCAGAUACCAUUUGGAAUCUGAAGAAAUUGAGGCACUUGCAUAUAGAUGGAUUUGAUUGGCCCAUCGACAAUCUUGACAACUCUUCAAAUUUGUGCAAUUUAGUUUCUUUCUCCGGUGCAAUUCCUGGACAAGUUAUUCAAAAUGUUUCCAAAUAUCCGCAAGAUGAAAUGCCAAAUUUUGAAUGUUCUUGUAGGAGGCAUAAGUUCAUGCUCUUCAGUCUUCUUCUUGCUUUGAUUCUCAUCUCAUCAGAAGCAUCAAGAUUUCCAAAGGAUAUGUGGAAACAGAUGCUGCCUAAAAGGCUUCCAUCUCCUUCUUCAGCUCCCUCGAGAGGAUCAAAUUCUGUAGCUACUGCAUCUACAGAUAGUGAACUGCAUCUAAAAGGUCUUACGAAGAACUUGAUCUUGCCUUGCCUUUAG